UUAAUUAAUCAUUUUGUUUAAAUCGAUGAACUGAACUUUAUUUAGUAAAAUAUAUGUAUAUUUCUGUAUGUAUGCUGCAUGUACACAUUUAUGUAACAAUAAAAUCAUAAACAAUUCUCAGUACAAUAAAAUAAAAUUAUGGAGAAAUGUGAUAAUGAUUUAAUAGACACACAAAUUUUACCGGAACAUGUGGAAUUCUUAGAUAAUUGUUUCGACAAUUCCUUUGCUUUACAAAGUUCGCUUGUUGUUGUCAAAGAAUAUCUAGAGAAAAGCGAAAAUAAACAGAAGCAUGUCAAUCGGAGAUUUGUAAACACGGCUAGUAAUAACAGUUUACUAAAUAAAACUGCUGAAGGGAAAUUAACUGCUUCGAAAGAAGUACGAAACAUUCAAAAAUUACAAAGCAAAAAAUUGAAAGACUGGGGCCUACCAAUUGAAAUCUCAAAAAAGUAUGAGGAAAGGGGUAUAACAGAAAUGUUUGACUGGCAGCUUGCUUGUCUAGGUAAUCCGAAAGUACUUUUUGAUUGUGCUAAUUUAGUCUAUUCAGCUCCCACAUCUGCUGGAAAGACACUUGUUGCUGAAAUACUUACCAUUAAGACAGUAUUAGAGCGUCAAAAGAAGGUAAUCAUCAUAUUACCAUUUGUUUCAAUUGUGAGGGAAAAGAUGUUUUAUUUGCAGAAUAUUUUAUCUAGUUCGGGUAUUCGGGUUGAAGGUUUCAUGGGUUCUCAAUCUCCGGCUGGUGGUAUGCAAAAUGUCCAUGUUGCCAUUUGUACCAUAGAGAAGGCAAACAGUAUGAUUAACCGUCUUCUUGACAAUGGUAAUAUUGAAGAUCUGGGUGCUGUGGUUGUUGAUGAAUUACACUUACUAGGUGACCAAAAUAGAGGCUACAUUCUAGAACUGUUGCUAACAAAAAUAAAGUAUGUAACAUCCAAGUCAGACUUACUUAUACAAGUUAUUGGCAUGUCAGCUACAUUACCCAAUCUAGAAACGUUAGCAACUUGGUUGAAUGCAGAGCUUUUCAUAACUACAUUUAGACCUAUACCAUUAGAAGAGUAUUGUCUUGUGGAAAAUAAAUAUUAUGAUAAAAACGGAAAAUAUAUUUUAGAGGCAAAACCAUCCAACUAUGGAGUGUCUUGUAAUGAUAGUGUAUUGAAAAUUUGCUUAGAAACUAUAAAAGAGGGAUGUUCAGUUUUGAUAUUUUGUAUGACAAAGAAUAGAUGUGAGAGCCUAGCACAGUUAUUGUCAUCUACUUUUUGUAAAAUAGGCUGUGAGGGCAGUGAAUUUGGGAUGAUUUUAAGGAGCCAGUUAAAUUCUGAACACAUAUUGGAAGCUCUGGAACAAUUAAAAAACUCUCCUGUUGGGUUAGAUCAAGUAUUGCAAAAGACCAUAUCAUUUGGUGUUGGUUAUCACCAUGCAGGGUUGACACUCGAUGAAAGAGACAUUAUUGAAGGGGCCUUCAAAUCUGGGGCGAUAAGAGUUCUAGUAGCAACCUCAACACUGAGCUCAGGUGUAAAUUUGCCUGCUAGAAAAGUCAUAAUUAGGUCUCCUGUGUUUCAAAAGCAACCCAUUAACAUAUUGUCUUACAAGCAAAUGAGUGGUAGGGCAGGAAGAAUGGGUAGAGAUACUAAAGGUGAGAGCAUACUAAUUUGUUCUGAGGCAGAGAAGAAAAUAGGUUUUAAUUUAAUGAUGGGUGAUCUGGACCCGGUUAAGAGUUGCAUAGAAACAAAGGAAAAAUAUAUGAGAUCAAUACUUGAAAUCAUUGCUAGCAAUAUUUCAUGCUCGAAACAAGAACUCUUAUUAUACACUGAUUGCACACUUCUUUCUGCUCAAAAAGAAACCUUAUCACAAAAUUUGAUACUAGAGGACACUUUAAAAGAAUUAGAAAAUUAUGAACUAAUUAGAAUUCAAAAUAAUCAUAGUGAAAAUCACUAUGUUGCGACUGCUUUAGGUAAAGCUUGCUUGUCAUCUUCAAUGGCUCCAAAUGAUGGAUUGACAUUAUUUUGUGAGUUACAAAAAGCUCGUCAAUGUUUGGUAUUGGAAACAGAUUUACAUUUAAUAUAUUUAGUAACACCAUACAGCGUGAGCUCUCAGUGGGGUAAUAUAGAUUGGCUGCAUUUAUUAAAUCUGUGGGAAUCUCUAACAAAAGCUAUGAAAAAAGUUGGUGAAUUGGUAGGAGUACAAGAGAGUUUCAUUAUCAAAUGUUUGAGAGGGCUAAAUAUGAAGCACCUAGAUUCAAACAAAUUGAAUAUUCAUAAGAGAUUUUACACAGCUCUAGCUUUGCAAGAUUUGGUAAAUGAAGUGCAUCUCUCUGAAGUAGCAAAUAAAUUUCAAUGUGCUCGAGGUUUUUUACAAGGCUUACAGCAAGCAUCAGGUACAUUUGCAGGCAUGGUGACAGCUUUUUGUAAACAGUUGGGAUGGAAAAGUAUGGAAAUCCUUAUUUCUCAAUUUCAAGACCGAUUACAUUUCGGAAUCCAAUCUGAAUUGUUAGAAUUAAUGAAAUUAUCAUCUUUAAAUGGUAUGAGAGCUAGAACUCUCUUUGAUGCAGGUUUUGAGACAAUAUCUAGCAUAGCUAUAGCUGAUACAGAUGCUAUAGAAAAUGUACUUUUAAAAUCAGUGCCAUUCGAAAGUGCCAAAGAAAGAGAAAACGAUGAAAAAGGCGACAUAAAGAAGAGAACCAAAAUAAAAAAUAUAUGGAUCACUGGUUGUUGUGGUAUGACUAUGAGUGAGGCAGCUAAAAAUUUAAUUAAUGAAGCCAGAAAGUGCCUUGAACAAGAAAUAGGGGUAAAUGAAAUAAAGUGGGCCGUUAAAAAUGAAUAUUCUGGAAAUUUUGAACCCAAAAGGACAUUAGGAUCAGUACCUAAUGAUAAUAAGAAUACAUGUGAUGAUAAAAGUCAAAAUAACUUAAAUGAACAAUUUGAGCAAAUUAAAGAGAACAGAAAUAAUUUUAAUUAUCAAUCCCACCAGUCAAUACUUUCUGUUGUAACACAUAAAUCCACUUUAAAAACUGAAACAGAUGCUAUUAUAGUAAAAAAAGUAGUCACCCAAUCGUUUGAAGAUAAUGAUUGUGCAGAUCAAUAUGUAAACAAUAACAACGAUUUGACUGUGUCUGUAUCUAGUGCAAAUGAUACAAUAAAUCAGAAAAGUACAUUAAUCACAAGUAGUGGUGACAUUGUCUGGGAUUCUCUUAAUUUGACAGAAACAGCUUUAGGGAAUAUAGCAAGGCUUCAGACUCCUUACAAAAUACCCAAAUCAUGUUUAAGCGAUGAAGAUUUGGCAGCCACUGCAAUCAAUAACAUCAAGAACUCUGUGAUAUCAAGAAAUACCUCAGAGAAGGACAUAAGUUUAUUUUCGUCUGAUGGUGACAAUUCAAGUUUAUUUGAAGACAGUUUACCUUUGGAUUUGAUUCCAAGCAAACUACUCCAAGAUGUUGAAACUCCGAAUAAGAGAGAGCAGUUAGAAGAUUUUUACAAAAUUAAGUCUAGUAAUGGUCUAGAAGAAUUGACUGAAUCAGAUGAAGUUGAAGAAAUGAAAUUAGUGUAUGAGGAAGACCAAGUUGAUAAAACCAAUGAAGUCAAGAAUUCAAAAAAAGACAAACCUUUACAACACUUCAAAAGUCCCAUUAAGAGAUGUUGUGAAACUGAUAGCAUACAGACUGUGAUAAAGCAGAUCAAAGUUGAUGUAAAAACAAAUAUUAAUAAUUGCCGUAAAGAUUGGCCAAAAUUACUUGACACCCCCAAACUAGAAAAGUUUUCUAUAAAAAUUUCCACAAACACCUUGAAUUGUUUAAUAUUAAGGGUCUAUGACAUGUUGAAUAAUUUUGCUAUUUUGGAGAACCUAGAGGAAGCUUCAGUUUAUUUUAAUUUUGAAAAAUGCAAAAGUGCCAAUGAAAUUAUAGGACGUAGAGUGUUUAAUGAAUUGAAUAUAACACAAAAGGGUAAUAUGUGUACAAUAAAGGGAAUAGCUUUUUGUUUUAGGAAAACAGAAUGCUUUUAUUUAGAUCUCGUCUCUCUCGAUAACAAAUUAGAUAUAAUAAAAGAUAAAAUGAAAUUGUGGUUUCAAAAAACUAGUUUAAAAUUGAAGAUGUUGAAUUUAAAAACAAUUAAUUUAAAUCUAAAGAAGUGGCUCGGUGUUGACUUAAAUUCUAUGUGUGUGGAUGUUUCUCUGAUGGAGUGGCUAAAGCAUAGUGACGAAAGAAUACCCGAUGUAUCUUAUUUGAUGAAAAAGUAUUCCGGAAUGGACUUAGCACAGCUAACUAUAAAAGUGAACAAUCGUCAAACGAAACUAAAGAACUUGACGUUGGCUCAAGAGUCUUGUGUGAAGGCGUGGGCUAUAGAAAUGAUAUCCGAAAAACAACAGAAUGCGUUGUAUGAAAGCUAUCAAAACGCUAUAAAUGUAGAAAUCAAGGUUUUGAAGAUUUUAUCGAACUGUGAACUUCAUGGAAUAGUGGUGGACAAAGAGCUGGUCUCGAGGCUGUUGACCGACGUGCGCGACUCUCAGGAUGUCUUGCAGAAGAAAGCCUUCAAGAUUUGCGGAUAUCAUUUCAAUUUCAACUCAUCAAAAGACGUUGCUAAGGUGUUAGGUAUAUAUAACGGUCGUAAAACAAGCACAAGGAAAAGCGUUUUAUCAUCUCACAAUACUCCAAUAUCUAGUAUCGUGAUGUACUGGAGAAAGUUGAAUGCUAUAUUAACGAAAAUUUUGUACCCGCUCACUGAAAAGGCGUGUAUAUACAGUGAAGGCGAUCGGAUAAUGUCGUCGUAUUCAACAUUCACUUGUACGGGUAGGAUCACGAUGCACGAACCGAAUCUACAGAACGUUCCUCGCACGUUUUCCAUUCCACUACGUUACCUAACCUUUGACAACACCACAAAUGACGAAGUCAUAGAAUUCAACUGCAGGAACGUAUUCAGAGCCGCUCCGGGCUCGGUUAUGGUGUCUGCGGACUACUGUCAGCUGGAGAUGAGGCUUUUGACGCAUUUCAGCGAGGACAGUGUCCUGACUAGAAUCAUGAAGUCCGAUGUUGACGUGUUUAAGUCUAUAGCGGCUUCUUGGAGCGACGUACCCGAAGGAGAGGUAGACGACGAUCUUCGCCAAAAGGCCAAACAACUUUGCUACGGCAUUAUAUACGGAAUGGGAAAUAAGACCUUAUCCCAACAUUUAGACGUCUCGGAAAUGGAGGCGUCAUUAUUUAUGGAUUCGUUCGAGAGAACCUAUCCAGCCAUCAGAGUGUUCACUAAAUCUGUAAUCGAGGAGUGUAAGAGGCAGGGCUUCGUCGAAACUUUGAGCGGCCGACGGAGAUAUCUUCCGGAUAUAACCAGUCAUAUUACAUCUAGACGCAAUACCGCAGAACGUCAGGCUGUGAAUACAAUGAUACAAGGUUCCGCUGCGGACAUUGCGAAAUCUGCAAUGUGCUCCAUCGAAGACGGAAUAAAUAGUUUCCAUCCUAAACCACGCCUUAUAUUACAAAUGCACGACGAGCUCAUCUAUGAGGUCCACGAAACAAACAAAUCACGUUUUAUAUCUCUCAUGAAAAGUGUUAUGGAAGAUACAGUCGAGCUGAAAGUUCCUUUGCCCGUCAAAUUGAAGUGCGGCUACACGUGGGGCGCCCUUGACGAAGUCGCGCUCUGAUGACUCGUUCCGCGAUACAAAAAUAAAACCUCCUUCUGUGAUAUAAUAUGUAGCUUUGUAUUCUUUUU